UUCCAUAGAGAAAAGUAAUACAUAGGAAAAUUCAUUCCAGUUUGUUUACUUUUUGCCAAAAUCCGGUAAAUAAAUUUUAACUCUCUUUUCUUUCUCGUUUAAUCUAAACGAAAUUGAAGGCAAAUUGUUUUUAAGGAUUACCUACCCUGUGACCAUUAAUUCAUAGUAUAGUUCCACAAUGUUCACGGACAAGGUUAUUCUAAUAACUGGUGCAAGCUCUGGGAUUGGUGCUGAAACUGCAGUGGAAUUCUCCAAGUAUGAAGGAACUUUAGUUCUGACUGGCAGAAACAAGGACAACCUCGAGAAUGUUGCUAAACAAUGUAAGGACAUAUCUCCAAAAGGUCUGAAACCUUUGAUUAUUAUCGCAGACAUGACUAAAGAAAGUGACGUUGAAAAUAUUAUUAAGUCGACCAUCGACAAAUUCUCUAGGCUGGACGUGUUGGUUAACAAUGCAGGCAUAUUAGAGGCAGGUACUAUUGAAACCACUUCUCUCGAGCAAUACGACAGGCUAAUGAAUACUAAUGUCCGUGGCCCUUAUCAUCUAACUAUGCUAGCGACACCUCAUCUAAUUAAAUCCAAAGGAAGUAUCAUUAACGUGUCCAGUGUGACUGGCAUGAGAUCGUUUCCCAACGUUCUUGCUUACUGCAUGUCUAAAUCUGCAUUAGAUCAGUUUACAAGAUGUGUAGCGCUGGAACUUGCACCGAAAGGUGUUCGUGUUAACGCAGUCAAUCCUGGAGUUAUUACUACCGGAAUACAUAUGAAGUCAAGUAUGAAUGAGCAGCAGUAUCAAGAGUUUUUGAAGAAGUGUGCUGAAAGUCAUGCCUUGGGAAGGCCAGGUAACGCAAAAGAAGUUGCAUCAGCGAUUAUAUUUUUUGCUAGCGAUGGUGCAAGUAAUAUCACUGGAGCUACAUUGCCUGUUGACGGAGGGAGACAUGCCAUGUGCCCUCGCUAAUAUUGUUUAUUUUUAAUUCAGUUACUUAAUUUCUAUUUCAUUGUAUGUUUGGAACUGCAGUGAAUUUUCUAUGUGAUUUUAGAAGAUAAUUUUGUGAUAUCUAACAGAGUUUAAAUCUGAUUUGGGAUAAAAAAAGAACUGAUAAACACCUAGAAAACUGUUAAUACUUUGAUUGAAUAAAGUAUAUUAUGUGAUACAAUAUAAAUGUAAUAUGAUGUUAUAAAAUUGUUUUAAUAUUUCCACCAGCUUAAAGUACACAGAAACAAAACCUAACAUACGGGUUUUGUAAAACCUUUUUUUACUGUGAUGCCCUUGACAAUUUACCGUUUUUAUGCGACGCCUAUAAACCUUUAGUCAGAUUUCGAAUAGAUUGCGAUCUUUAACCUACGACAAACAAGCGUAACAUUAAUUUACCAGUAAUAAUCCUAUGUAUAACCAUUAAGUUUUUUAAAUAACAGAUCUAGAUAUUCAU